AUGAUUUUAGACUUGCCCGUUACUGGAGUUCCACAACCAGUCUUUUCUGCAAUUUCUCCUCAUACAUUGCCUGCUUCACAUGUUACUUCCCAGCAUCCGACAGCUGGUCUUCAACUUGAGCUUGGCCCUAGAAAUCGGAAUCAGGGAUUAACCAAAUCACCAGAUGCCAAUCAGACUUCUAAUUUCUUACCAGUUAAACACCGUCAAGCUUUGUCAAAUCAUUCUUCUGCUCAACAUGUGAGCAGUGCACGGAAUGCUGCUUGUGCAGCACAACUCCUUUCUAGUUCCAUUGAGGGCCAUUCAGGGGCCCAUCAGCCUUCACAAAAGAUACACUCAGUAUCCCGGCCAUACCCAGUGGCACAUCAGGAGUCUAUAACUCCAGGUUCUUCUGUGCCACAGAGUCAGAUAAUACUUUUGAAGAAGCCUUGUUGCCAAGCCUCUAUUCAGCAGCAGCCAUUAAUUUUACAACCUAAGAUUAUGGCAUCACCACAAAAAAACGUUCAGCAGGAUUGUGUUCUGCGAGAACCUGAAGCUCAUGCAAGUCGGCGGCAGCCAAAGGGUGGUACUGAAAAUGUGAUUCAGCGGCCUGAAGUGGGUCCGCUCCCUGGGGCAGGUGGUAGGUGUGAGGGAGCAGAUGUGGAGUUCAACUCAUACCAACACUAUUUCUAUGACUAUGACUGUGGGGAAGAUUUCUACCGCUCUACAUUGCCCAGUGAGGACAUCUGGAAGAAAUUCGAGCUGGUGCCAUCACCCCCUAUGUCACCGUGGGGCUCAGGUCCCGGCAUCAGGGAUCUGACCCCUGGAAUUGGUUCCACAGAGCCAUGGCCUGCAGGGGGCACAGGGGAUGAGGUAGAAUCCCGGGGCCACUCAAAAGUUUGGGGCAGGAACUAUGCUUCCAUCAUCCGCCGUGACUGCAUGUGGAGUGGCUUCUCAGCCCUGGAACGGCUGGAGAGAGUGGUGAGCAGUCGGCUCACCACUAGUGUGCCUGGGGGGAACCCAUCCAAGGUGCCCGGUAUCCCGGACCGCACUCCUAGCCUCGAAGUCCGUAACCCGGUGCCUGCUGCCGUAUGUACACUGGGCGAGCCUAAAACCCAGGCCAUCUCAGGGUCCGAGAGCCCUAGUGACUUAGAGGGUGAAGAAAUUGGUGUUGUGACAGUGAAGAAGAGACAGCCCCUGGGAGUACGGAAACCGGUUACCAUCAUGGUACAAGCAGACUCUUUGGACCCAUGCAUGAAACACUUCCACGUCGCCGUCCAUCAGCAACAACACAACUAUGCUGCCCGUUUUCCUCCAGAAAGCUGUUCCCGUGGAGGACCUCCAAAGAGAGGUUCCCAAGAAGAGGCUCUGGAGAUAGAUGAUCCAGAGGAGACGGAGGAUGAGAUACAUGAAGUGGUUGUGAGCCCCCCACCUAUAGAAAGUGAGGCUCCCCAGUCCUGCCAUCCCAAACCUCUCAGUUCUGAUACUGAGGAUGUGACCAAGAGGGAAAAACACAACCUCCUGGAGCGUAAAAGGCGGAAUGAUCUCCGUUGGAGGUUCUUGGCCCUGAGGAACCAGAUACCUGCCCUGGCCGGCUGCUCUAAGGCCCCCAAAGUGGUGAUCCUGAGAAAGGCGUUGGAAUAUGUGCAAGCCCUGGUUGGGGCUGAGAAGAGAUUGGCUACAGAGAAAAGGCAGCUCCGAUCCCGGCAGCAGCAGCUGCAGAAAAGAAUUGCAUACCUCAGUAGCUACUAA